AUGGGCCGCCCAAAGGUGCUCCCUGCAAACCGCCUACGCGCCAAUACUGCAUGCACUGCGUGUCGCGCUUCCAAGAAGCGAUGCAGCGGCAGCUUUCCCUGCUCCAAUUGCAUUCACAAGGGUCGCGCCCGAUCCUGUAUUCCAUUCAAGUCCAUACCCGACACGCCUGUCCGCACGCGACCGUCGGCUAGCGCAAAUCUCGAUGGGAAUGUGAAUGUGAACUGGGAGAAUUUGCCUGCCGAACCCCAGACUCCUCUCAUAUCGCCCCAUAAUGAUUUCACAGACCCGCAACGGGAGCACGCCCUGGAGGUCGGGUCACGGUCGCCUGAGGCAACCCAUCGAACGCACGCUCGUAUGCUACUCAAUUUGCAAGGGGAGAGAGGUAUAGUUCUCCAAGGGAUGAACCGCGAAAAGGAAAACCUUCACGUUUAUGUUGGAAAAGCUGCUUCUAUCUCUUUCCUCCAACUCCUGCGGGACACCGUCACCCAACAUAUCGGCCCCUCGCAAUUCUCGCAUAACCUCAGAAGCGAGGAUAUGCUUGAGGCCAAGGCCCAACAUGAUCCAUCUAACUUUGAUGAGGCCAGCUGUAGCUUGGAUGACAAGCGUCGGUACAUUCAAGUCUUCUAUGCGGUGACCAGCGGAUUCAUAUACCUAGGCUGCAACACCGAAGCUCUUUUGGCAGAUACGUCGGACCCCCAAACGGAUCGGGAGAAAACUCGAGCAGCGAUUCGAGACUUAAUGAUUGCCAUCGGAGCUCAGUCAUGUCCCAAUCAACCCGAAACGGUUCAACUCGAGCGCUUUUUCUUUACCCGCGGCCAACGCAGGACGUUCGCAAAUCUUCUUGAAGACCCCAGUAUGGACUUGGUGCGGGUUUUUCUACUCAUGUCAUUCUAUAUGUUUGGGGCAUGUCGUCGGAAUGCAGCCUUCAUGUACUUGGGUGUAGCGGCCCGGUCGGCAGUAGCACUCGGGCUCCAUACAGACUCGUCGGGGGCUUUGAGUCUAACCGAGAAGGAUGAAAGAUCAAGACUCUGGAUGAGUCUCUGCGUGAUCGAUCUCCUGGCGAGUUCGAUUCUCGGCCGACCCGCAGCCACGGCGGCUCUCCUCCCAGAGGAUCGGAGCGAAGUUUGUCGGGUACCAAAAGCAACCGCCGAGACUGGAUUAGUCGCUUCAUACCAGUUAUCCCUCAUUUUAGAGGAAAUCAUCAGCAAAUUGUAUAGCGAGAAAGCCGCCUCAACUGACACUGCAGACUUUCUCUUGGAAAAGCUGAACCACUGGAGUGAACGGCUCCCGAACUCGCUCCGCACACCGUGCGAGACUGAGGAUUCCGAUGCGGCACAGGAGCGCAUAAUUGGUAAUAUGCAUGUAGCUUGCUUGUAUCAUUUUGCUGUAAUCCUCGUCACUCGUCCAUUUUUGAUAUCUACCCUGAACGCCCGGCUGGCCCGGGCUAAUCAUGGUCUCUCAACAAAUAUGACAGGGGUAGAUACGCCAGAAGACCCAGCGCAUUCGCGCUUAGCGGUUGCAUGUAUCGACUCGGCUAUUUAUAUGCUACAGACCUGCUUAGAAGUACACCAGUCGGGAUUACUUUAUCGGAAUAUGGGAAUUCUCAAGGCAUUUGUAUUUGCGGCAGCACUGGUUCUUGGAUUCUCUAUGUUCUGCCAUGGCGACGUCGACAGUGAAAUUGAUAGUGCAUUUGCAGGUGCCAUAUCCAUUCUCCAGAUGCUUGCCCAGCAAUCUGCCCAGGCGGCUCACUAUCUCGAGAUUCUGAUGAUGUUAGAGGUAGCUGUGACACAGCAGCGGCAAAGGCAAGCCGCUCAAGCGCGGCAGCGGCGCAGUCGAUACGUUAAUCGGAUCUUCAGUUUGCACGAGAGCCCGUCGACACCACGGAUGCAGAGCAAUAAUGAUAGCCGAACCGACGCGACCCCACUGAACACAGGCGGUCCGUUUUACCCGUGGAUUCCGCAGGAGGAUGGGCCAGUGACUCCACCCGUGAUAGAUGGAGCGUUCCUGGAUUGGGAGGGCAUGGAGCUGCCCCUGUGGGAUAGCUUUCCUUUUACAGAACCGGGGUCAUCCGUUUUAUAA